AUGUCUGGUGAAGACGAUACUCAAGAAAGGUUCUCUCGGCUUAAACAAUUUCUUGAGUCAUCGUCAGCUUCUCGUUCUUCAAGGACUAUCACCGAUAAUCCUCUCUUUCAACGUCUUGCUCCACAAGUCAAUCCUGUUAAAGUGCCAUUACCGUCUGACAACGAAUCUGAUUUUGACCAUUCAGUUCGAUUCUAUAGAACAAUGGCCCAGCAAAGGACAUUGAAAGAGUUGGCAACACCAAAUCUUGACCAACAACCACUUUGCAUCCAGUAUCCACCGUUGGAUGUAAACUUUGAGCUAAAAUCGGGCCUCAUCCACUUAUUGCCUUCUUUCCAUGGGCUGCCUGGUGAGGAUCCGAAUAAACAUUUGAAGGAGUUUCAUAUUGUCUAUUCUAGUAUGAAACCUGCUGCAGUGACUGAGGAACAAAUUAAGCUGCGAGCUUUUCCUUUCUCCCUAAAGGAUGCAGCCAAAGAGUGGUUGUACUAUCUUCCACCUGGUACUGUUGAAACUUGGAAUGGUAUGAAGACUAUGUUCCUAGAACGAUCCUUUCCAGCAUCUAAAGUUGGAAGCAUCAAGAAAGAGAUCUGUGGUAUAAGGCAGUAUAUAGGAGAGUCUUUGUAUGAAUAUUGGGAGAGAUUUAAAAGGCUAUGUGCUAGUUGCCCUCAUCAUCAGAUAAGUGAACAACUCCUCAUUCAGUACUUUUAUGAAGGAUUACAAUCAUUGGAUAGGAGUAUGAUUGAUGCAGCCAGUGGGGGUGCACUAGUUGAUAAGGCUCCUGCUGUAGCUAGGAGCUUGAUUUCUAAUAUGGCUGCUAACUCACAACAGUUUGGCAUUCGCCAAGAUCUUGUUCCACCACCCAAAUCAACUAAUGAAGUGAGCACCUCUAAUGCUAAUCAGCUAGGUCAAAAAUUAGCUCAAUUAACUGCAGUGGUCCAACAACUAGCUUUGGGCCAACAGGUGCGGCCAUGUGAAAUCUGUCAAGUUGUGGGGCACGCUACUGAUACUUGCCCUACUCUAGUGGAGGGAGAAACUGAGGGUGUUAACACUGUAGGAAAUUUCCCUGGUCAAUUAAGUCAGAUGUAUUAUGAACCAUUUUCACAAACUUAUAACCUUGGCUGGCGUGAUCAUCCAAAUCUUCGUUAUGGGAAUCAACAACAAAUUGCUCCACAACCAACAUCAGCGAGACCACCUGGUUUCACUAUGCAACAACGAUUUCAAAAUAAUUUUGUACCUAGACCAUCACAAGCACCGCAAGCUGUUCCACCACCAAGUGCUAAACCUUCUACUGAGGAUUUAAUCAAUGCACUUGCUACAAAUACUCUUCAAUUUCAGCAAACCACCCAAGCUUCCAUCAAAAGUUUGGAGAAUCAGGUGGGACAAUUAGCAGCAUCAUAUAACAUGUUGGAAGCUCAUCUGUCAAAUAAAUUGCCUUCACAAUCUGAGAUGAAUCCCAAGGAGAAUGCUAGUGCAGUAACUUUGCGAAGUGGGACGCAAUACGAUCCACCUAGUCCUCCAAUGCCCAGUAAAUUGUCAUCCAAGCCACAAGUUGAUUGCUCAGUUAAUGAAGAUGUUCCUCCAAAGCCAACCACCCCUACACAACUAAGCCCUAAGCCUACUUUUGUCAUUCCACCUCCAUUCCCAAGUAGACUUAAGAAGACUAAAAAGGAAGAGGUUGACAAGGAAAUUCUUGAUACGUUCUGA